AUGACCCGACUUCAGCUUGGCCCCAAACCCACAUUGUUCAACUUCGCCCGAGAAGUCAUCGAUCGAUGGAGCCAGGAGAGAGCAGAGUCCUCCGCUCUCGUUCUGGUGACACAGGGAAAGCGCCGCGAUGUCUCGUAUCGUGAACUUAGCGAGCGUUCAAUUCAAGUUGCGGCCGCCUUGUAUGCACUGGGAGUCCGACAGGGCGAUACCAUUGUCAUCUCGGCCGCACGUUGUCGGGACUUCUAUGAGAUUCUUUGUGCGGCUAUUCGCAGUGGCAUUAUGGUCUGCCCCGUAGCUGGCGCACUGUCUGCCUCCGAUCUUGAAUAUCGCAUUCAGAAAGUUGGUGCUAAAGCCUUCAUCGGCGACCUCCCCCAAAUCCAUAAGGUCUUGUCGAUUCGGUCCCGUCUCCCUACGCUUCGCCACUUGGUCCAGGUCGGAGCCGAUGAAAAGGUCUCCGAAGCACUUGGGUAUCCAGCCCUGGUCUCCAUGGGCCAAGUGAAUGGCGCAGACACCACUAUCGAUUCGGAGGCGAGCUCGCCCUGCGUACUCUACUUUACCUCAGGGUCCACCGGACAGCCCAAGUUGGUUCAGCACAGCCAGAUCUCUCUGGCUUUGAGCAGUCGAAUUGCCGGAGAGCACUGGUGUCAACUCCAUCCGGAUUGUCUCUUCUGGAGUCUCUCCGAAGUAGGCUGGGUCAAAGGAUCGUGGGCAGUCUUCGCUGCCUGGAAUCACGGAGCUGCCCUGCUUGUGGAUGAAACCCCCGGACUGGUGUUUGACCCCAUUCAUACGCUGCAAAUCCUGCACGACUAUUCUGUUACCAAUUUCUGUGCUACUCCGACGGCCUACAGACAACUCGUCACAUCCGUGAGUCGGGAAUUUGCGGCCACCCAUGCGCCUCAAUCCCUAAAAGUCAGCAUUAGUGCCGGAGAGGCAAUUGAAGGGUCUGUGAUCGAGGCCUGGCGACAGGUAACUCGGGGUGUCCCCAUACUCAAUGGGUACGGUCUCACGGAGACAGUCUUCCUCUGCACGGAAUCCACCGAUGAUCAACGACCAGGGUCGAUGGGCCGACCUCUGCCUGGUGUCCCGCUGGAGAUCUUAGGAGAGACGGCAGAGCCUGUCCCAAUUGGGGAAGAAGGAGCUCUGGGAGUGUGCUUGUCUACCUGCGCAGACUCUAUUUACGACGUCUUCAAUGGCUAUGUCGACGAACAGGGGGUUGUGACGCGACCAACGGUGCGCAACGCCGAGGGUAAGGAGUAUUACUUGACCGGGGACCGUGCGUUCCGGGAUGCGGAUGGUUAUUUCUGGUUCAAAGCGCGGAAAGACGAUAUCAUUAAUUGCUCGGGGUAUCGCAUUGGACCCAGCGAAGUGGAAGCUGUUCUACAGAUGCAUCCGGGGGUGCUAGAAUCGGCGGUCAUUGGCAUCCCGGAUGAAGAACGUGGCUCAAUCAUCAAGGCGUAUGUGGUGCUAAACGAGGAGUACGAGCAGCAUCCGCUGCGCAAGCUCAAGGUGGAACUCCGGCAGCAUUGCCUAUACCAUAGCGCCCCAUACAAGUGUCCCCGGGUCAUCGAGUUCCUCUCCAAGACUGAAUUGCCUCGAACGGUAACAGGGAAGGUGCAGCGUCAUGAGCUUCGCGCUCGCGAGCAGAGAAAGUCAUCAGCAUAG